AUGUCAGAAACCACUUCGAAAGAUUCGAUUCCAAAUCCUUCUGCUGAUGACACAAUUACUCAAAUAAAUGAGGAUGCAAAUGUAACCUUCUUUAAGAAAAAGGGUAAAAUAAAUAAGAAUGUAAAUAAGCGUAAACAUUCGGCAGGUGUAGACCUUGAAGAAGAGGAAGAGGGUACAGCGGUGGUAACUAAAGAACGUAAAUUGGACACUUCAAACCCGCUCGUCCAAGGCACAAGAAAAGGAAAGCGUACUGUCAAGGAAGACAUCCAUGUCACUUUUGUCGCUAACAAAUCGGCAAUGUCUUUGGUACCUCAUGACGUUGCUACAAGAACCGCAGAAUGGGAUACGGAGAUAGACAGGGAUGCACAAGCUUUGUUGGAGAAGAAGUUAGCCGCUGAAGAGGCUGACGACAAUUUGUACAAAGGGCAGAAUUCUUAUAAAACCUACAUCAAGAAGCGAGAUACCGCCGCGGGAAAUGCGGCAAGUUCCAAGAUAAAAGCUGGCCCAAUAAGGGCACCAACUAAUAUUCGAGUUACUUCGCGCUUUGAUUACCAGCCCGAUAUAUGCAAAGAUUACAAAGAGACUGGAUAUUGUGGUUAUGGUGACUCGUGCAAAUUCUUGCACGAUCGAGGUGAUUACAAAACUGGCUGGCAACUGGAAAAGGAAUGGGAAGAGAUGAAUGGAAAGUUGCGAAAGGAUCCAAACGCAUUUCUGGUGGAAAGCAGCGACGAAGAUGACGAAGAAUUACCUUUUGCUUGUCUUAUAUGUCGAGAGGAUUUUAAGAAUCCAGUGGUUACCAGGCAAAACUUUUCCAAGAGUCCAAGGUGUUUUGCAUGUGGAGCACCCACAAACGGCAUAUUCAACACGGCAAAGAACUUAUUACAAAAAAUCGAAGAAAAAAAGAAGAGAUUAUCGAAGAAGCAAGGUGAAAAUGAGAAUCAAGGAAAAAGUGGUGAUGUAAACCCAGAAGAAGAAAUAAGUGAUUGA